AUGAUGAAAGUGCAUGUCCAGAUUAUUGUCAUCGGCAUAUUUCAUGCACUCGUUGAUCCCACACUCACAACCAAUGAAACGAGUAUCGAACUCAUCAAGUCUCGAAUGGAUGAUGGUCGAUAUGUUAAUUCAUUCAAUUCCCAAUAUGGAAUGCCUGGUUGGUUGGCUAUCUUGAAAUGGAAGAUUACUAUGCGAUCCAACGUGAAAUUACCAGAUAAAGCAGAAGAACUCGAUAGACUUUUACCGGUUAUUCAUCAUAAAAAUCGAGAAGAUCUUUAUCUGACAACGCCCGGUAUCCGAUAUAUUUGGAUUGGACAUGCGUCUUGUUUUGUUCAGAUGAAUAAUUUUCGAUUUCUCGUCGAUCCGGUUUUCAGUGAACGGUGUGGUAUGAAUUCAUGUGUUGGACCGAAACGCUAUCGACCGGCAGCGUUAACAGUCACUGAUUUACCGAACGAUCUCGAUGCAGUAUUUAUCUCGCAUAAUCAUUAUGAUCAUCUCGAUUACGCGAGUGUGAAAGACUUAAACAAUCGUUAUGGUGCACGAUUGACUUGGUUCUGUGGAAAAGGGAACCGCGAAUGGUUCUCAAGCAUGAAUGUAGCGAAUGUUGUUGAACUUGAUUGGUGGGAAGAAUAUCAUUUCAGCAACAAAAAUGUAAACAUAGCAUUUUGUCCAGCUCAACACUGGAGUCGCCGGGGUAUAUUCGAUACAAACAAAUCUCUAUGGGGUGGAUUUGCUAUUUGGGAUGCGACGCAUAAAUUCUACCACGCUGGAGAUACUGGUUACACGCACAAUAUCUCAAUUUUUCGACAAAUCGGUCAAAAGUACGGCCCAUUCGAUUUAAGUGCGAUACCAAUCGGUGCUUAUGAACCAAGAUGGAUCAUGGAAGGUCAACAUGUAUCACCGGAUGAAGCUGUUCUAAUUCAUAUGGAUGUCCAAUCGAAUAAAUCCGUUGGUAUUCAUUGGGGCACGUGGGCAAUGAGCAAUGAAUACUUCAUGGAACCACCAAAAAAACUUAUACAAGCUGUCCAAAGACAUGAGCUCGAUCCGACAUCAUUUAUUGUUUUGAAACAUGGUGAAAUUUUAGAUUUACCCUAA